GCUGCUUCGCCGGGCGGCGGUAUGCUGGGGAAAGGCGUCGUGGUCGGAGGCGGCGGCACCAAGGCGCCGAAGCCCUCCUUCGUGUCGUACGUGCGCCCGGAGGACAUUCACACAAACGACAAAGAAGUAACAGAAAAGGAAGUGACUCUUCACUUGUUGCCAGGUGAGCAGCUACUCUGUGAGGCCAGCACAGUUCUGAAGUGUGUCCAGGAGGACUCCUGUCAGCGCGGCAUCUGUGGGAAGCUCGUGUGCACAGACUUCAAGAUUGCCUUCUUGGGGGACGAUGAAUCUGCAUUGGAUCAUGACGAAACCCAAUUUAAGAAUAAAGUUAUAGGAGAAAAUGACAUCACUCUCCACUGUGUUGAUCAGAUUUAUGGAGUGUUUGAUGAGAAAAAAAAAACUGUCAUUGGACAACUGAAGAAAUACCCUGAGAAGCUCAUCAUCCACUGCAAAGACCUCCGAGUAUUCCACUUCUGUCUGAGGUACACAAAGGAGGAGGAAGUCAAAAGGAUCGUCAGUGGCAUAAUUCACCACACCCAGGCUCCUAAACUACUUAAGCGAUUGUUUCUGUUUUCCUAUGCAGCUGCUGCUCAGAGCAGCCCGGCCCCAGAUCCCGAGAAUCAGACUGUAAUGUUUGACACACUUAAAGACUGGUGUUGGGAGUUGGAGCGGACCAAAGGCAGCAUGAAGUACAAAGCAGUGAGUGUCAACGAGGAGUACAAAGUCUGUGAAAGGUUGCCAGCGUACUUUGUUGUUCCCAUCUCUCUUCCAGAAGAGGAGAUCGAACACUUCCAGGGCCACGGCAUACCAAUAUGGUGUUGGUCCCACCACAAUGGAUGUGCCCUUUUGAAAAUGUCAGCACUGCCCAAAGAACAGGAUGAUGGCAUCUUACAAAUCCAGAAGAGUUUCUUGGAUGGAAUUUACAAGACCAUCCACAGGCCACCCUAUGAAAUUGUUAAAACUGAAGACCUGUCAGGCGGCUUCCUGUCUCUGCAGGAAAUCCAGACUGCAUACUCUAAAUUCAAGCAGCUGUUUCUGAUAGAUAAUAGCACUGAAUUCUGGGACACAGAUAUAAAGUGGUUCUCUCUGCUGGAAAGUAGCGGCUGGCUUGACAUCAUCAGACGUUGUCUCAAAAAAGCAAUUGAGGUUGCAGAAUGUCUGGAGGCCCAGAACGUGAAUGUCCUGCUUUUAGAGGACACUGCCUCCGACCUCUGCUGCGUCAUCUCAUCGUUGGUGCAGGUGAUGAUGGACCCGCACUGCCGGACCACGCUGGGCUUUCAGAGCCUCAUCCAGAAGGAGUGGGUCAUGGGCGGCCACUGCUUCUUGGACCGCUGCAACCACCUUCGCCAGAGCGACAAAGAGGAGGUUCCUGUGUUCUUGCUCUUCCUGGAUUGUGUGUGGCAGCUGGUGCACCAGCACCCCCCAGCCUUUGAGUUCACGGAGACUUACCUGACUGUCCUGUCAGACAGCCUGUACAUACCCAUUUUCAGCACCUUCUUCUUCAACUCACCUCAUCAAAAAGAUUCCAACGUGGGCAGGGAAUGCCAGGAGCUGCAGAGCAAGCCGCCGGCUCUGCCCACUGUGUGGGACUGGGCGGUGCAGUUUGAACCCAAAGCCCAGAUGUUGCUCAAAAACCCGCUCUACGUGGAGAAGCCCCGACUGGACAAAAGCCAGCGGAAAGGAAUGCGUUUUAAACAUCAACGACAACUUUCUCUGCCACUCACCCAGUCAAAAUCAUCUCCCAAGAGAGGAUUUUUCAGGGAAGAAACAGAUCAUUUAAUUAAAAACCUCCUGGGCAAGAGGAUUAGCAAGCUUAUCAAUUCUUCUGAUGAGCUCCAGGACAACUCUCGAGAGUUCUAUGAGAGCUGGCACAGCAAGCCCACCGACUACCACGGCCUGCUGCUGCCCCACAUAGAGGGGCCCGAGAUCAAAGUCUGGGCUCAGAGGUACCUGCGCUGGAUUCCGGAAGCCCAGAUCCUGGGUGGCGGCCGGGUGGCCACUAUGCGCAAACUCUUGGAAAUGGUGGAGGAAGUGCAGAGCUUACAGGAGAAAAUCGAGCACCGCCAGGGUGCCCUCCAGGCCGAGGCGCCCUCCCUGCUGAGGAACUCGGCCCGUCUGUCCUCCCUGUUCCCCUUCGCGCUGCUCCAGCGCCAGUCCUCCAAGCCCGUCUUACCCACCAGCGGCUGGAAAGCUCUGGGCGAUGAAGAAGAUUUGGCCAAACGAGAAGACGAGUUUGUGGACCUUGGGGAUGUCUGA